UAGGUUAUUUGACAAUUGAAAUAUGUCAUUUUUAUGAUUGCGAAAUUAGUGCAUAGUUGAUUCCAAAAGACAAACAACGGAUGAAAUUAGUUGCUGUGACCUAGCCGGAAAGUUGAAAAACUAGUGACAAUGUGGUGUCAGUGAUGCGUUUAAAAGGAAAGAAUAACGCAAAGUUUCAUAGUGUCUAUAAGGUGCUUUCCCGUAUAUGUCGAGCAGUGGAUAAAGGUCAACUCGAUGGUUUCAUGGCUGAUGGUGCGGUUCCUCCCCUGAAAAAUGGGAAUAAUUCUAAAAGCACUGGUUUCACAGCACAAAAUAACAUUAACAAUGUGAAAGGAGGCGCAACAAGCCCCGAUGUGGCGAAUACGGUGCAUGUGGCCGGACAAUAUGCCCCGAAAGUCCUACGGAAUUUAAAUGCUCAGAGACUGAAGAACCAAUUCACCGAUGUGUGUCUUGUCGCCGGUGACAGUGUGAUUCGGGCUCACAAAUUGGUCCUGGCGGCCGGAAGUGCUUACUUCAAUGCCAUGUUCACCAGCGGACUCGUCGAGGAGCAGCAGGACUCUGUCGAAAUUCACUCCGUGUCCGCGAAAAUACUCGCAAUUCUUGUCGACUUUAUUUACACCGGAAAUGUAGACAUUACUCAGGAUAAUGUCCAGGAGCUCUUUGCCGCUGCUGAUAUGCUGGAACUCGAAGAAGUUGUUGCCGGAUGUAUCGCUUAUCUCGAGCAACAACUCCAUUAUACUAAUGCCCUUGGAAUUUACAGAUUUGCAGAAGCACACAACAGUUCAAAUCUUUUGGAGACUGCCUUACGCUUUAUCGAAGUCAAUUUUCCUCGAGUGUCACAAGAGGAAGAAUUCUUGGACCUGCCAAAGGAAUAUCUCGUUCGUUUUCUCAGUAGCGAAUAUAUUCACAUUGAUACAGAAUUUCAGGUCUUCCAAGCAGCCUACAAUUGGAUAACACACGACAUACCUGCUAGAAGGUGUUACGUUUUUGAAAUACUAGGUCUAAUAAGGCUGCGCCUUUGUUCUAUCGCUCGUCUAGAGCAAAUAAUUCAAGACUGCGUCGAUGCCAGUCUCAUUGUCGCUUUGCGCUCGAUUCAGAAAGACUUGGUUUCGAACAAAGGCUGUCUCGUGCCCUUGCAUGCGCAGCCCCGACUUUGUGCUAAGAAAAAUAUCCUCGUGAUUGGUGGCUCGAAGCGGGAACAUUGCCCUGACAGUUGGGCGAGAGCUGCCGAAAGUACUUAUGAAACUAUCGACAAAUACGACACCUUUACUGGAGAAUGGAGCGAAGUGGCGCCGAUAGGCAUCGGGCGAAUUCUGCCGGGCGUAGCUUUAUUAGACGGGAAAGUGUACGUGGUCGGAGGCGAGUUGGAAUCUUGUAUAAUCGCAAACGGCGAAUGUUACGACCCUCGUGACGACGUGUGGACCUCGAUCGCUUGCAUGGAAGAGCCUAGAUGUGAUUUUGGAUUAUGUGCCUUGGAUAAUAGUUUAUACGCAUUUGGUGGUUGGGUCGGCGAGGACAUUGGACGUUCGAUUGAAAUUUACGACCCGAUCACCAACACUUGGACGCUAGAUGGCGAACUUCCGGAACCUCGAUUUAGUAUGGGCGUCGUAGCUUAUGAAGGACUUAUAUACGUCGUGGGUGGAUGCACACCUAUUAGUAGACAUCAUCAAGAAGUAAUGAGCUACAAUCCGAUAAACAAAAAAUGGAAAUAUCUAUCACCGUUGUUGACACCUCGUUCACAAAUGGGGAUCACUGUGCUUGAUGGAUAUAUUUAUGUUGUCGGCGGUACUAACAAAAAUCAUGAGGUUCUAACAUCCGUGGAGAGGUACUCUUUCAAAAAGAAUGAAUGGACCACGGUCGCCCCAAUGAAAGUGGGCAGAUCCUAUCCUGCAGUGGCAGCAGCCGACGGUCGCUUAUACGUGAUAGGCGGCGAUCAGUCGCAAGAAAUAAAUUUUUACAGAACGCAAAUCACAAUUUCGACUGUUGAGUGUUACGAUCCGAACUCGGACAAGUGGCACGAGUGCGCUUCUCUUCCGACGAGCCGAGGAGAAGCGGCUGCGAUAAUUGCACCAUUUUGAUUGAUGAUUUCUCUCAUCUCUCAAAUCGUAUUGUCCAUCGAACAUUUUUUCUUACUUUAAUCAAGAGAGCUGUCCAACUUUAGAGGCCUUGCGAAUAAUAAAAUUGCCAGAUUUUUGCGGAUUCUAGAAUUCGAGGCGAAGCUAGGCUUUAUAAAUUGUAUAUAAUGUAGGAAAAGUUAUUAAGCCUUUGUAUCAUUCUCUUUUUUAUUUUGUUCCAAUGCGAGCAAUUGAAAUGUCGAUCGAAAUGACGAAUAUUGACUCUUUUUAAGAAAUAUUGGAACAGAAAUAUUGUCUGGGCCGCGAUUUGCCUUUUUUAUUUAAAAAGAGAAAGAAUAUUGAAACGUAAAUUAUAAUUUUUUGCGCAAUUUUCUGUUUAAUUUAACAACAAAAUUCCAAUACUUCUUCACAGAGUGCUUCACAAUUUGAUCUCAAUAGAUAGAAAUUCGAAGCAGGGUUUAUUUUAGUUUAAGAAUCGGGGUGACUAUCUGACCGGGAAAUUGGGGAAAUUUUUUACAGCAACCGGGAUUUGACAGUGUAUUUCUGGAAUUUGGAAAAAAAAUUUAGAAGAAAAUUUUAUAUAAUCACUUGAAAUAUCACAAAUUUCAUAUAACUUUUAUUUUCUGAUAUUUA